GCGGCCGCGCGCAGGGCACUUGGGUUAGUGGCGCGGCGGGCGGCGCGGACAGCCUAACCGGACGCCCGCUCCCGCCACCAUGGUCAUCAAGACGGACGAGUUGCCGGCGGCCGCCCCGGCCGACAGCGCCCGGGAGCAUGGCUCGCAGACCGGUGGCAAGGGGAGGCCGGGCGCGGCCGACUACCUCCCAGCCCUUAACCUCAGUUCCCAGCUCUAGAAGAUUCUCCAGUCACCUUAAGGAGGAGACGAUCAAGGUCUUGGGAGCAGAGCCACCAUCAGUUAUGCUGUUGAAUGGGGACUGCCCAGAGAGCCUGAAGAAGGAGGAGGGGGCAGCUGAGCUACCUAGGGAGAAUGGGCUAGAUGAAGGUGAGCCAGGAGAUGAGACUACUGGACAGGAAGUCAUUGUCAUUCAGGACACAGGCUUUUCUGUGAAGAUCCUGGCCCCUGGGAUUGAGCCCUUCUCCCUUCAGGUAUCUCCCCAGGAGAUGGUGCAGGAGAUCCACCAGGUGCUCAUGGACCGUGAAGACACGUGUCACCGUACCUGCUUCUCACUGCACCUAGAUGGCAAUAUGCUGGACCACUUUUCAGAGUUGCGCAGUGUUGAGGGGCUGCAGGAAGGCUCGGUCCUCCGUGUGGUGGAAGAACCCUACACAGUGCGGGAGGCUCGUAUUCACGUGCGCCAUGUCCGAGACCUGCUCAAGAGCCUGGACCCAUCUGAUGCCUUUAAUGGGGUUGACUGCAACUCCUUGUCCUUUCUGAGUGUCUUCACUGAUGGCGAUCUGGGAGACAGUGGGAAGCGGAAGAAGGGAUUGGAGAUGGACCCCAUCGACUGCACGCCACCUGAGUACAUCCUGCCAGGGAGCCGGGAGCGGCCGUUGUGUCCCCUACAGCCCCAGAACCGUGACUGGAAGCCCCUUCAAUGUCUGAAAGUACUCACCAUGAGCGGCUGGAAUCCACCCCCUGGGAACCGCAAGAUGCAUGGGGACCUCAUGUACUUGUUUGUGAUCACGGCCGAGGACCGGCAAGUCAGCAUCACGGCGUCCACGCGGGGCUUCUACUUGAACCAAUCCACAGCCUACCACUUCAACCCCAAACCCGCCAGCCCACGCUUCCUCAGCCAUUCCCUAGUGGAGCUGCUCAACCAGAUCAGCCCGACCUUCAAAAAAAACUUUGCUGUGCUACAGAAAAAAAGGGUCCAGCGCCACCCGUUCGAGAGGAUCGCCACCCCGUUCCAGGUGUACAGCUGGACAGCUCCUCAGGCAGAGCAUGCCAUGGACUGUGUACGUGCAGAGGAUGCCUACACCUCAAGACUGGGCUACGAGGAACACAUUCCUGGACAGACUCGGGACUGGAACGAGGAGCUACAGACAACUAGGGAGCUGCCCCGCAAGAACCUGCCUGAGCGGCUUCUUCGAGAAAGAGCCAUAUUCAAGGUACACAGUGACUUUACAGCGGCAGCCACACGGGGUGCCAUGGCAGUCAUUGACGGCAAUGUGAUGGCCAUCAAUCCCAGUGAGGAGACCAAGAUGCAGAUGUUCAUCUGGAACAACAUUUUCUUCAGCCUGGGCUUUGAUGUCCGUGACCAUUACAAGGACUUUGGUGGGGAUGUGGCAGCCUACGUGGCACCCACCAAUGAUCUGAAUGGUGUGCGCACAUACAACGCAGUGGACGUGGAGGGGCUGUACACACUGGGCACUGUAGUGGUGGACUAUCGAGGCUAUCGGGUCACGGCUCAAUCCAUCAUCCCUGGCAUCUUGGAGCGGGACCAGGAGCAGAGUGUCAUCUACGGCUCCAUUGACUUUGGUAAGACAGUGGUGUCGCAUCCACGGUACCUGGAGUUGCUGGAACGGACCAGCCGACCCCUCAAGAUUCUGCGUCACCGUGUACUCAAUGACCGUGAUGAGGAGGUAGAGCUCUGUUCCUCAGUUGAGUGCAAGGGCAUCAUUGGCAAUGAUGGCCGCCACUACAUCCUUGACCUGCUGCGUACCUUUCCGCCUGACCUCAAUUUCCUGCCUGUUCCCGGUGAGGAACUGCCUGAGGAGUGUACCCGAGCUGGCUUUCCCCGUGCCCACCGCCAUAAGCUAUGUUGCCUACGCCAGGAGCUGGUGGAUGCCUUUGUGGAGCAUAGGUACCUCCUCUUCAUGAAGCUGGCCGCCCUACAGCUGAUGCAGCAGAAGGCCAGCAAGGUGGAGAACCCCACCUCACUGGAAAAUGGUGGUCUCUCCCCCUCGGAGUCCAAGCCUGAAGACCCUCUGGGAUCCGAGGUGGGAAGCCAGGAGGAGGGCGGCAGUGCCAGUGGCCUGGCCAAGGUGAAGGAGCUGGCGGAGACCAUCGCCUCAGAUGAUGGCACAGCAGACCCCCGGAGCCGGGAGGUGAUCCGCAAUGCAUGCAAGGCUGUUGGCUCCAUCAGCAGCACGGCCUUCGACAUUCGCUUCAACCCUGACAUCUUCUCACCAGGGGUUCGCUUCCCUGAGUCCUGCCAGGAUGAAGUUCGGGACCAGAAGCAGCUGCUGAAAGAUGCAGCUGCCUUCUUGCUUUCCUGCCAGAUUCCUGGCUUGGUAAAGGACUGCACAGAUCAUGCGGUGCUGCCCAUGGACGGAGCCACACUGGCUGAGGUGAUGCGCCAGCGUGGCAUCAACAUGCGUUACCUGGGCAAGGUGUUGGACCUGGUGCUGCGGAGCCCAGCCCGUGACCAGCUGGACCACAUCUACAAAAUUGGCAUUGGUGAACUCAUCACCCGCUCUGCCAAGCACAUCUUCAAGACAUACUUACAGGGAGUCGAGCUCUCAGGCCUCUCGGCCGCCAUCAGUCACUUCUUGAACUGCUUCCUGAGCUCCUACCCCAACCCUGUGGCCCACCUUCCUGCGGAUGAGCUUCUUUCCAAGAAAAGGAACAAGAGGAGGAAAAACCGUCCGCCAGGGGCUGCGGAUAACACAGCCUGGGCUGUUAUGACCCCCCAGGAGCUCUGGAAGAACAUCUGUCAGGAGGCCAAGAACUACUUCGACUUCAGCCUCGAGUGUGAUUCUGUGGACCAGGCUGUGGAGACCUACGGCCUGCAGAAGAUAACACUGCUGCGGGAGAUCUCCCUAAAAACCGGAAUCCAGAUUCUGCUGAAGGAGUACAGUUUUGACAGCCGCCACAAGCCUGCAUUCACUGAGGAGGACGUGCUCAACAUCUUCCCCGUGGUCAAGCAUGUCAACCCUAAGGCCUCGGAUGCCUUCCACUUCUUCCAGAGUGGGCAGGCCAAAGUACAGCAGGGCUUCCUGAAGGAGGGCUGCGAGCUCAUCAACGAGGCCCUGAACCUGUUCAACAAUGUGUAUGGAGCUAUGCAUGUGGAGAUCUGUGCCUGCCUGCGCCUCCUGGCCCGUCUCCACUAUAUUAUGGGUGACUACGCUGAGGCCCUCAGUAACCAACAGAAGGCAGUGUUGAUGAGCGAGCGAGUGAUGGGCAUCGAGCACCCCAACACCAUCCAGGAAUACAUGCACCUGGCUCUGUACUGCUUCGCCAGCAGCCAGCUGUCCACGGCGCUGAGCCUGCUGUACCGCGCCCGCUACCUCAUGCUGCUCGUGUUUGGGGAGGACCACCCUGAGAUGGCUCUGCUGGAUAACAACAUCGGUUUGGUGCUGCAUGGCGUGAUGGAGUACGACCUGUCACUGCGAUUCCUGGAGAAUGCGCUGGCCGUCAGCACCAAGUACCACGGGCCCAAAGCCCUUAAGGUGGCCCUCAGCCACCACCUAGUUGCCCGGGUCUAUGAGAGCAAAGCUGAGUUCCGGUCAGCCCUGCAGCAUGAGAAGGAGGGCUACACCAUCUACAAGACCCAGCUGGGUGAGGACCACGAGAAGACCAAGGAGAGCUCCGAGUACCUCAAGUGCCUGACCCAGCAGGCCGUUGCCCUGCAGCGCACCAUGAAUGAGAUCUACCGCAAUGGCUCCAGCGCCAACAUCCCGCCCCUCAAGUUCACAGCUCCCAGCAUGGCUAGUGUCUUGGAGCAGCUGAACGUCAUCAACGGCAUCCUCUUCAUUCCUCUCAGCCAAAAAGACUUGGAGAAUCUGAAGGCCGAGGUGGCACGGCGGCACCAGCUCCAGGAGGCCAGCAAAAACAGGGAUAAGGCCGAGGAGCCCAUGGCCACUGAGCCUGAGCCAGCAGGGGCUUCAGAGGACGUGGGCUCCCAACCCCAGGCUGCCAAGGACCCUUCCUCCCCAAGCUUGCAGGGAUAGAAAGGGAAAGACAGAUGGACUGUUAGUCAGCCGCCCGUUACCCAGUGAUCCAGACUCCAGGAGAAGGGGGCAUGCCCUGCAGAUCGGAAGAGGAAGCCAGUCCCUUUUCUUCCAUGUUCCACCCCACCCCACCCCAGCAUCCUCCUGGGACCCCGGCCUGGCCUGCCCCCCAACAGAUGUUUUUGCACUGGUUCAAUGAAUAUACGAUGCAGAGGCCUGAUUGAAGACACAUGAAUGGAGUGUGUGGGCAUUGGUUCCAGCUGGGGGGCAGGUGCCCCUCAGGCCCCAUCCUCGAGCAGGUGUGUGCGAGUGUGUCCAUGCCCGUGAAUGUCUUGAUCCGUCCCACCUAACUUGUACAUAGCCCCCAGUCAGUUCUGAGUGGAUGACGUGCAGAUGCGAUUUCUCAGGUCAUUUGUUUGACAUUAUGGCUGCUGCUUUUGCUGCCACUACCCCUGGGCCCAACCUGGCUUAAGUCCAGGUCUUAAGCCAAAAAAGGGGGGCUUUCCUUUAUCCUGGGAGAGGGAGCCAGAGCUUUGUGGCAGGCUAGAGGGUUGGGGUGCACUUUAGUUUUGUGACAAGAUGAGAUCUGUACUGGCUUUACCAAUUAUGAUGGGGCUUGACCUGGCUAUAGCUUCAGGGCAAGGGAGAAGGGGGACCAGUGGUGGUGGACCCUCAGACACCAGUUGCCCAACCCAGCCUGUCUGCCUUUGGCCCAGCAGGAGGCACUGCCACAGGCUCUGACUUGCCUCCCUGCACCCUAGGUGGGAUAACCUUGGGGGCCACAGCUGAAUGUAUCCUUCUCCCAUUUUAACCUGAGCUGCCUAACGCACAGUGGGGGUGGGGUGGGCAAGGGCCUGGGGAACCAGGACUGAAUCAUGGAUCCCGGGGAGAAACUACCAGGUAUAGGAGUGAUUGUCACCUCUCUGGAGUCCUGCUCCCUACCUGAUCCUUGUCACACAGGCACCUUCAGAGAGUAGUUCUGGGGGUAAUGGGGGCUUUCACCAGCCCAGCUGCUCUCGCUCCCUGCCUGCCUGUGUUGCUUCUCUGUGCCUGCUGUCAAAGCCCUACCCAGGAGGAGACUGUUGCCCUGUGAACCCAAGGGAGCUGUUCUGGGCCACAGCCUCUGCCUGGGGCUUUGCAGAGAGCUACUUAUGGGUAGGGUCUGUCCAGGCACCUUGUUUCAAAGGGAGUGGGCAUGAGUUAGCAAGAGAGGCAUCCCACAGCUGAUCAAGAACUUUUUCUUGUUUUUAAACCAUCACGUCUUCAUUUCACAUUGGAAUAAAGUGAGUUUUUGAAACCUGC